AGAAGUCGACUGCCAGUAGGGCUCGCGCAGAAUCGGAGAGCCGGUGGCGUCGCAGGUCGGGAGGACGAGCACCGAGUCGAGGGCUCGCUUGCCGGGGCCGCCCGAGAGUCUUAAUCGCGGGCGCUUGGGCCGCCAUCUUAGAUGGCGGGAGUAAGAGGAAAACGAUUGUGAAGCGGGAACGGUUUUCUGCUGCUUUUUUUGGGCCCCGAAAAGGGUCAGCUGGCCGGGCUUUGGGGCGCGUGCCCUGAGGCGCGGAGCGCGUUUGCUACGAUGCGGGGGCUGCUUGGGGCUCCGUCCCCUGGGCUGGGGACGCGCCGAAUGUGACCGCCUCCCGCUCCCUCACCCGCCGCGGGGAGGAGGAGCGGGCGAGAAGCUGCAGCUGAACGACAGGACGUUGGGGCGGCCUGGCUCCCUCAGGUUUAAGAAUUGUUUAAGCUGCAUCAAUGGAGCACAUACAGGGAGCUUGGAAGACGAUCAGCAAUGGUUUUGGAUUCAAAGAUGCCGUGUUUGAUGGCUCCAGCUGCAUCUCUCCUACAAUAGUUCAGCAGUUUGGCUAUCAGCGCCGGGCAUCAGAUGAUGGCAAACUCACAGAUCCUUCUAAGACAAGCAACACUAUCCGUGUUUUCUUGCCGAACAAGCAAAGAACAGUGGUCAAUGUGCGAAAUGGAAUGAGCUUGCAUGACUGCCUUAUGAAAGCACUCAAGGUGAGGGGCCUGCAACCAGAGUGCUGUGCAGUGUUCAGACUUCUCCACGAACACAAAGGUAAAAAAGCACGCUUAGAUUGGAAUACUGAUGCUGCGUCUUUGAUUGGAGAAGAACUUCAAGUAGAUUUCCUGGAUCAUGUUCCGCUCACAACACACAACUUUGCUCGGAAGACGUUCCUGAAGCUUGCCUUCUGUGACAUCUGUCAGAAGUUCCUGCUCAAUGGAUUUCGAUGUCAGACUUGUGGCUACAAAUUUCAUGAGCACUGUAGCACCAAAGUACCUACUAUGUGUGUGGACUGGAGUAACAUCAGACAACUCUUAUUGUUUCCAAAUUCCACUAUUGGUGAUAGUGGAGUCCCAGCACUACCUUCUUUGACUAUGCGUCGUAUGCGAGAGUCUGUUUCCAGGAUGCCUGUUAGUUCUCAGCACAGAUAUUCUACACCUCACGCCUUCACCUUUAACACCUCCAGUCCCUCAUCUGAAGGUUCCCUCUCCCAGAGGCAGAGGUCGACGUCCACACCUAAUGUCCACAUGGUCAGCACUACCCUGCCUGUGGACAGCAGGAUGAUUGAGGAUGCAAUUCGAAGUCACAGCGAAUCAGCCUCACCUUCAGCCCUGUCCAGUAGCCCCAACAAUCUGAGCCCAACAGGCUGGUCACAGCCGAAAACCCCCGUGCCAGCACAAAGAGAGCGGGCACCAGUAUCUGGGACCCAGGAGAAAAACAAAAUUAGGCCUCGUGGACAGAGAGAUUCAAGCUAUUACUGGGAAAUAGAAGCCAGUGAAGUGAUGCUGUCCACUCGGAUUGGGUCAGGCUCUUUUGGAACUGUUUAUAAGGGUAAAUGGCACGGAGAUGUUGCAGUAAAGAUCCUAAAGGUUGUCGACCCAACCCCAGAGCAAUUCCAGGCCUUCAGGAAUGAGGUGGCUGUUCUGCGCAAAACACGGCAUGUGAACAUUCUGCUUUUCAUGGGGUACAUGACAAAGGACAACCUGGCAAUUGUGACCCAGUGGUGCGAGGGCAGCAGCCUCUACAAACACCUGCAUGUCCAGGAGACCAAGUUUCAGAUGUUCCAGCUAAUUGACAUUGCCCGGCAGACGGCUCAGGGAAUGGACUAUUUGCACGCAAAGAACAUCAUCCAUAGAGACAUGAAAUCCAACAAUAUAUUUCUCCAUGAAGGCUUAACAGUGAAAAUUGGAGAUUUUGGUUUGGCAACAGUAAAGUCACGCUGGAGUGGUUCUCAGCAGGUUGAACAACCUACUGGCUCUGUCCUGUGGAUGGCCCCAGAGGUGAUCCGAAUGCAGGAUAACAACCCAUUCAGUUUCCAGUCGGAUGUCUACUCCUAUGGCAUCGUAUUGUAUGAGCUGAUGACGGGGGAGCUUCCUUAUUCUCACAUCAACAACCGAGAUCAGAUCAUCUUCAUGGUGGGCCGAGGAUAUGCCUCCCCAGAUCUUAGUAAGCUAUAUAAGAACUGCCCCAAAGCAAUGAAGAGGCUGGUAGCUGACUGUGUGAAGAAAGUAAAGGAGGAGAGGCCUCUUUUUCCCCAGAUCCUGUCUUCCAUUGAGCUGCUCCAACACUCUCUACCGAAGAUCAACCGGAGCGCUUCCGAGCCAUCCUUGCAUCGGGCAGCCCACACUGAGGAUAUCAACGCUUGCACACUGACCACGUCCCCGAGGCUGCCUGUCUUCUAAUUGACUUUGCACCUGCCUUCAGGCUGCCAGGGGAAGAGGAGAAGCCAGCAGGCACCACUUUUCUGCUCCCUUUCUCCAGAGGCAGAACACAUGUUUUCAGAGAAGCUGCUGCUAAGGACCUUCUAGACUGCUCACAGGGCCUUAACUUCAUGUUGCCUUCUUUUCUAUCCCUUUGGGCCCUGGGAGAAGGAAGCCAUUUGCAGUGCUGGUGCGUCCUGCUCCCUCCCCACAUUCCCCGUGCUCAAGGCCCAGCAUUCUUUAGAUGCGCAAGUGGAUGUUGAUGGUAGUAUAAAAAGCAGGGGCCCAGCCCAGCUGUUGGCUACAUGAGUAUUUAGAGGAAGUAAGGUAGCAGGCAGUCCAGCCCUGAUGUGGAGACACAUGGGAUUUUGGAAAUCAGCUUCUGGAGGAAUGCAUGUCACAGGCGGGACUUUCUUCAGAGAGUGGUGCAGCGCCAGACAUUUUGCACAGAAGGCACCAAACAGCCCAGGACUGCCAAGACUCUGGCCGCCUGAAGGAGCCUGCUUUGGUACUAUGGAACUUUUCUUAGGGGACACGUCCUCCUUUCACAGCUUCUAAGGUGUCCAGUGCAUUGGGAUGGUUUUCCAGGCAAGGCACUCGGCCAAUCCACAUCUCAGCCCUCUCAGGGAGCAGUCUUCCAUCAUACUGAAUUUUGUCUUCCAGGAGCUGCCCCUAUGGGGCGGGGCCGCAGGGCCAGCCUUGUUUCUCUAACAAACAAACAGCCUUGUUUCUCUAGUCACAUCAUGUGUAUACAAGGAAGCCAGGAAUACAGGUUUUCUUGAUGAUUUGGGUUUUAAUUUUGUUUUUAUUGCACCUGACAAAAUACAGUUAUCUGAUGGUCCCUCAAUUAUGUUAUUUUAAUAAAAUAAAUUAAAUUUAGGUGUAA